AUGAUUCCCAGCCCGCCUUUUUCCGCCUCCCCGAUCCCCGCUGGCUCAGUGGGCGCGGCGCUACCGUACAGCAAUAAUGGCUCCGCGGAGGUGAGCGCUGACACGUCUGAAAUCUCGAGUAUUCUCACGCGGUUUUCAUGCGGGGAAGCUGGCUCAGUGGGUGCUGUGCUAGCGUACAGCAGUAAUGGUUCUAUCGUCUCUCCUCAGCCCUCCUCGUCUCUCCUCCCCUCUCCUCGUUUCUCCUCCCGUCUCGUCGUCUCUCCUCCCCUCUCAUCGUCUCUCCUCCCGUCUCGUCCGUCAUGGCAGUGGGAUCCCAUCGGCUUCUGGGACGACCCUCCUGCUCCGCUUCUGCAGCCUCCUCCAAACUCUUCGCUUCCUGCCUUCCCGUCCUCUGGCCCUGCGCCACUUCCAUCAUCACUCGAAUCUGCUCCAGCUUUCACUUCAGGCAUACCGUCCACUGCAGCUGCCGUCACUUUCGCACCACCUGCUGCCACUUUCACACCACCUGCCUUCGCUGCUCCUGCUCCCGCUUCCAUACCGUCCUUUGAAGGGAAUCUUUCAUCUCCGUUAUUAGCCUCCCAAAUAAGCGGCCUUGCCGGCCAGUCGCCUCACUUUGAGCCCAUGCAAUUCCCUGCAGGCAAUGCAUCCGCUGCGGCUCCUGCCACCACAGCCUUUGCUGCUGCAUCUGCUCCCGCCGGAGGGGGGAGUGGGGGUUACAGCGCACUGCUUUCCGAUAUGUCGUUUCUGGACUCAGAGGGGGAGGAGGAGGAGGUGGAGGAGGAGGAGGAGGAGGAGGAGGAGGAGGAGGAGGAGGAGGAGGAGGAGGAGGAGGAGGAGGAGGAGGAGGAGGAGGGGGAGGGGGGGGGAGGAGGGGGAGGAGGAGUAGGAGGAGGAGGAGGAGGAAGAGAGGGAGAGGAGUGUGUGGGUUUUGAGUCAGGCGAAGGUGGAGGUCCUGGGUUGAUGGCAGGGGUUGCAGCUGUAAAUCCUGGAGCUUGUAUAGGGGCUGCAGGGACUGCAGGAACUGAGGCUCACAUGAUGGGAGCUGCACAGCAGCAGCAGCAGCAGCAGCAGCAGGAGUAUGUAUCCCUGCAGCAGCAGAUAGUGCAGGAGGCAUCAGCGGCGGCUGUCAUAACCGCCGACUCACGAGCAACGCCUGUGACAGAAUCAGCCAUGCAUUGCCCCGUGCCCCACGCAGUGCAGGGCGGUGGCGCAUGCAGCAUGGCGGCGUUUGGCAGCAUGGACUCGUUCUCAGGAGAGGCUCGCGUAGUGGCGCGCUUCAGUCAGUUGUGUAACGAGGCUGCUGCUGAUGCUGCCUCAGGGGGAAGUGCGGGAGUGUGCAGAAUGGAAGCGGCAGAGGCGGAAAUGCGGGGUGAGAGAGAGGCGCAGCAAGUGCAGGUGCCUGGGAUACCUCCGCAGCCAGAACAGGCGUGGCGGGUUUUGGUGCAGGGGCAAGGUCAGCUUCUAGGGCAGCCACAAAUGCACGGGCACAUUCAGUUGCAAGAGCAAGGGCAAAAGAUGCAGGCAGCAGCAGUGGCGCAGUAUCAGCAAGAUGCAGUGCAAGCAGCGCUUAGCGCGGAGUGGCAGCGCGGCGCUUCACAGAAGGCGUUGUAUGACGCUGCCAACGAUGCGGGGCGUCCCCAACCCAUCCCUGGUGCUGCUGUUUCCGCUGCUGCUGCUCCUGUUUCUUACUCUGCUGCUCCUGCUGCUGCUGUUGAUGGUGGUGGUGGUGGUGGUGGUGGUGAUGGUGCUGCUGGAAUGGGGGGGAGUGGGCGCACUGUUGGGAGUUCAAGUGCUGCUGAUGCGUGUGCGCGUUGCAAAUGCCAGGUGGGAAAAGCGGGCGGAGUUGGUGGUGGUGGGGAGGGUGGAGGAGGGGGAGAAGGAACAGGAGGAGCAGCAGCAGCAGGAGGAGGAGGAGAAGGAGGAGCAACGGCGAGUGACAGUCAGAGUAGGCCCAGGUUAUCUCUGGCAGAACGGCUGGCAGCAGCAUUGGGGGAGGAGUUUGGCGCUGACACAGGGGAGAAGGAAGAGCCAGCUAAGCCAGACGAGGAUACAGGGAAGAAAGGGAGAGGGCGAGGUAGGGGCAGAAAGCGGGAGAGAAGCAAACCCGUGGCUACUACAGUUGGUCCUACGGCAGGCUUUUGGGCUGCACUCGGGGUGAUGGAGCAGGACGGAAGGGGGAGGCAGGGAAAGAGGCCCGCUGAGGAGAGUGCGAGUGGUUGGAGCGGGGGAGGGUUAGGGGAGGAGUGGAAAGGGGUGAUGGGGCGUGCAGGCGUGAGCACAGGGGGUGGGUCUGGGUCGACUGAGUUGGCAGGGGUGGCGGGGGCGAGAGCGGCAACAGGCACAGGGGGAAGGAUGGGUCAUCCUCAUGGUGAGGGUGUGAUGGGGGUAGGAGAGCGAGGUGCAGUGGGGUGUGGUGGGGUGUGCGGGGGUAAUGAGGUGAAGGUGGCGAAGCAGGAGGUUAUGGCCACGAUCCGGCAGAAGUGUGAGGAGCUGCUGCCGCUGGUGAGUGCGCGCGGCAGUGCGGAGCAGCGCGUGGCGGUGUACUUCCUGGAGGGCCUCAUGGCGCGCAUCAAUGGCGAAGGCGCCCUGCACUGGAACUCCCCCAACGUGCCGCCCCACGAUGACUUCAUGCGGGCCAUGUCGGACAUAUCAGCGUGCAUGCCGCACCACCACUUCCUGCUCUCCGCAUGCAACGCAGCGCUGCUGUCCGCCAUCUCGCCUACCGACACCGUCGUGCACGUGGUGGACUUUGGCUGGUGGAUCGGCGCGCAGUGGCCCGACUUCAUCGCCUCUCUUGCUGCCCGCCCGGGCCCUAAGCCCCUGCUCCGAUACACCAAGAUCGAGUCACCAGCAAGCCAGUGUCCAUGGCGAGUGCUACCGCAAGUACCGCUAGCAGACUGCAAGGCCAUUCUCACGCGCGCAGCAGCCAAUGCGGGCAUCCGGCUAGACUUUGCCGUGGUGGAGUGCUCUCUCGAGUCUAUCGACUCCCACAUUGCACAGCACCGCCCACCCCUUAGCUCUGCUUCCGCCUCGAAUGCACCUGCCAUCGCUGACAGCCAGAAUCCGUCUGCUUCUGCUGGUGGUGGUGCGGAUGGUGCUGUGGUGCCGUGGAGCAUGGUGCGGAGCAGCACGGAGGAUAGUCUUGGCAGCAGGAGCAGCAGUGACCCAGGCCAGGGAGAUGCAGCAGGCAGGGGAGGAACAGAGGCGCUUCUUGUGCACGGCAUCAUGCGUCUGCAUCUGCUCCCAGGGGGCUCUGUUGUCCGCCACUCCCCCCGCGACGCUGCGCUGCGCGCCCUGCGCCGCCUCUCCCCGCGCGUGGCUGUUCUCGGAGAGAGGCACGUGGAUCACGAUGGGCCGUUCUUUCUUAGGCGAUUUGGGGAAGCCCUACCCUUCUACCUCUCUGUGUUUGAAUCCAUGGAAGCAGGGCUUGCACCGCCGCGGCUGCAUUCGUCAAGGGAUUUUAUCGAAAAGGCGAUCCUAGGGAGGGACAUUGUGAACGUGGUGGCUUGCGAGGGCUCGCUGCGGGUCGUUCGGUCGGAGCCUUUGGGGAAGUGGAUGAGCCGAAUGAGAGAGGCGUCGUUUGCUGCUCUGCCGUUUUCAGACCAUGCCCGGCAUAAAGUGGCGGCGGCCAUGUCCCAGUUCCCGAGGGAGUUUGGGGUGCAGGAGCAGGAUGACGGGGGGCUUCUGAUGACUUUCAAGGGGCAGCCGAUGCUGGCUGUCGGCAUGUGGAGGAUUGCCUGUUGA